CUGACAGCUCUUGAAUGGAAAUUCAGAAUGCCGCAUCAAGAGUUAGUGCAGCGGUGAUGAACUCUUGAUUUCUCAAGAUUUUCUCAAGAUUCAAGAGUAGUGCAGAGACCCCCAAAGGGAUGGAUUUUUAUGCAGAGUGCUGUGUGACCCCUCGCCCCGUAUAAUCGCAUUCCUGGAGCAGGUGGAGACUGUAUCCUUUCUGUUUUGUGACGUAAGUGUGCUGUGUGACGGGGGAGGGUCGUAUAAUCGCAAAUUGGCUCACAUAUAAUUAGCGAUUGUACGUUCUAGUGUGAGUGUGUCCUUACAUACGCUGUUUUUGACCCAGUAGUCCAAUCCCUCGCGCCAGCGUACACACUUUGGCAUCCUCUUGUCUUCAUGUGGCCUGGUUUCCAUCAGCUGUGAGCGCCAAUUUGCCGUCUGAUUGCUCUUCAAGUUUUCAACUUGAUGUUUUGAACUGACACACCCUUGUCUACAUACUCUCAGUCGUUGAUCCGUAGAGCGCGGUGGUGGUGUCUGCUCCUAUCAGCACCACUAACAUUGAAGGAGAGUUGUUUCAAAAAAAAAAAAAAAAAAAAAAAAAAAAAAAAAAAAGAUCCGUAGAGCGUGGUGGUCGCUCUAGAAUCGCCGGUACGACUGUGAUUCCUUGAAGUUGGGUUGUCUUCCUCCUUCCUUCGGUGGUGGCUUUCUCCUUUCCCUCUCCUCCGAUCGCUUCUGAUAGGAGUCUGGAUCUGCAGUCAGUGCCCACGGCGGCGAUGGUGGACUCGUUGCAGGUUGGCUAUGGCAGUCGCCGUCGUCCUUAUGAGAUUGCCGCUGGUGGUUCAGCUGUCGGCAGACCGCGAAGAGGUGUUUGCAGGAAUGGACAAGAGAGAAGAAGAGUUGUUGGACGAGGAGGAGGAGGAGGAGGAGGAGGAAUGACGUCGAUCUCUCUGAGGCCGUUCUUUACAGCCACGACCAAGGUAAGGCCGUGCGCGUCUUCUUCCCGCCUGUCCUUUCUCCUCCUCGUUACCUCCUCCCCCCUCCUCCUCCUCCUCCUCCUCCUCCUGCUGCUUGGCGAAGCUCCACUUCAGAUCGCGGCCGACGAUCGGGGCUGCGGUCUUGAUGAGUUCCUCACCGCCUACCGGGAUCCCGACGUGGCAUACUACGAGUUGAACUGCAUCAUUGCGCUCAAUCAGUCGCUGCCGCCACUUUCCAAAUCGGGAAAGUCGUUUACCCUAGUGGGUGGCGGGAUGUUGUCAAUGAUCGACGGCGGGAGUAAAUUUGCCGGCAUCGUGUUGCCCGCCAAUCACUCUCUCAUUCUCGACGGAUUGAUAUUUGUCAAUUUCAGAUCGAGCAGCGAUGGCUCUGUCCUCUCUGCUUCCUCCUCGGGACACGUGUUGAUUGCCACGUGCGUGUUCGCAAACAACACCGUCACAAACGACAAAAACGGCGGCGCGCUGCACUUCUCCGGUACUGUGUCGUACCUGAUUCGCGCAUCCGAGUUUAUGAAUAAUCGCGCUAGCGGUAAUGGGGGUUCAAUCUCUUCGUCUUCUUCCUCCUCUUCUCCUUCUCCUUCUUCUUCUCCUUCUUCUUCUUCUUUAAGCGCUGGCUAUGGAGAUGGCGAUAUCACUGGCCACAUCUUGGGCUGCACCUUCAUUUUGAAUUCGGCGGGAAAUACAGGCGGGGUGGGGUCAUUCUCAGAUGAUCUGAGGCAUAUCAAGCUUGAGGGGAACUCGUUCCUUCUGAACAGAGCGGGGCGGGGAGGAGGAGGAGUACUGUCAUUUCUCGGAGGCGUCAACACCAUUGUUUCCCGUAAUCUAUUUUCGGCGAAUCUGGCGAUGUCAUCGAGCGGCGGCGGCGCUAUCCGAUUCUUAGCGGUUGCUGACGUGGCAAAAGAUGGCGGCGGCGGCCACAGUGUAUUUACGUUGUGCGCCAACACUUAUAGUGCUGACGUGUCACGGAUGAAGGGUCGGUUGUGGUUUACCCUCAGCAAUUUGUACGUCACAAGUGAUGGGAAAGACGCCUCCGGUGUCAAUAUUACCUUCUGUCCCAGGCGGCCUGAUUACACUGUAAUCAACGCUCCUGAUGUCAACGUCGAGAAUUCUUGUGCCACGUGUCCGAUGCCCUCCUCCUCCCACGUGUCGUCGGCGCAUCAAGCCUCCAAGACUGACACGUGGACAGCACUGCUGUGAUCCCUCUGCGUGUCUGUUUUUUGUUUUUCCGUUUUUUUCCUUCUUUUCCCCCUUUCCGCCCCCCGCCUUUUUUUUUUUAUUAUUCUGUGAUUGAUGCUCCAGCGAUAAACGUGUAAAAUUAUU